UUUAGGAACCGACCAAAUCAACAGCGAGCCGACAGCAGGAUCACAGACAGGAUGGUUACGUUGGACUUCAAGACGUUGACGGUUCAUCCAGGAGCAGCCAUGGUCUACGUGAAUAUCAAAUCCAUCACCCAGCCUGUGGGGAUCAUCCGAAUAAUGGCGGCCAUCCUCACUUGUAUGUGUUUCAGCCUGGUGGCAACGGUGAAACCGGACUCCUCGCCAUACUGGGGAUGGUGCAUGUUCACCUGGGUCUUCUGUUUCUUCUUCACCCUUCUCAUUCUCAUUCUGGAGUUUACCACUGUCAGCACCAAAAUGCCCUUUGCCUGGGAGGACUUCACUGCUGCCUUUGCUAUUCUGUCAAGUGUGCUGUGCCUGUGCGCCUCCAUCAUGUACCCCACCUUUUAUGCCUGCAACACCUGUUACCGCCAGAUUGGAGCUUCAGUGGUAUCCUGGAUGUGUUUUGGGGUGUAUGUGGCCGAGGUGGUCCUCACACGCCUUCGCCCAAGUGGACAGGACAAUGGAUUUCUCUCCACGCCGCCGGGAAUAAUGAAGAUGCUGGAGAGCUUCUUAGCCUGUCUCAUCUUCCUGUCACUGGAAAGUGCUCAGUACUCAGGCAACCCAGCACUAAACUGGUGUGUAGCUGUGUAUUCCUUGUGUUUCAUUUUCGGCAUCGCCAUAAUCCUGAUCACUCUCGGAAAUCUUACUGUCUAUUUUCCCUUCUCUUUUGAGAACGUUGCAAUUGUCUAUAAUGUUUUGGCAGCAACUAUGUAUAUAACAGCAAUGGUUAUAUGGCCGCUGUAUUCUUUUCACAAUAAGAGACCAGUGAACUGUGGCCGCCUCUGUUCUUGGGAUAAACUGGUUCUGAUCACCGUCAUGACAGUCUUCAACUCUAUUGUCUACAUCCUGGACUCUAUCUACUCCAUACUUCGGGUCUUUGUUUUCAGGAAUGAGUGAGAUGUUGCUUAUAAAGACUAUUACAACUGUUAAGAAUUAAAAUUAUUUUAAAAUGUCUUUUCUAUACUAAUAUCCCAACAAAAUUUACAAGAACCUGCUACUUAUCAGAGAUUUAAUAUGUAAUGGAAAAUCUGAUCCUCCAAUGUAUUCAUUGUGCAAUACAGCCAAAAAGGCCGUUGGUUAAACAUUAGAGUUGUGAUAUCAUUGUAAUAAAAAAGGACAAAUAGCUGUGUUGAACUUUGGAUCCUGAGGGUAAUGAAAUAGAGAAAUAUCACUGAGAUCAUACUUGUUUCAUUGUCACAUCCAGGUCAAAAUACGUACCAGAAAAGUGCCAUGCUUUUCCCCUUAUCAGGUUAAGGUGAGGCUACACGCUUGGAUAAAUAAACAUUUGUGCACCCAGAACACCUAUAUUGUAUCUGUUUAUUAUUAAUGGAGGUGCUAAGGGCAUGCAUCUUCUACUCCAUCUUCUUCACUUGAGGCAGACAGAUGGGUGCCUGAGUUAUCUCCUUCCGGACCUUUAUGAACAUUUCAAAAAAAUUCUUGUGCAUUAGAAUUUUCACUUUGAAAUUCCACAGACACCACACAAAUAAUCACCAGGUAAUAACAUCCUGAUGCUAUCCUAUGUAGCACACACAGAUUAAGAUUAGCUCUCCUCGGCCUGCCCAAGGCUUGAAGUGACUGACAUGACAAAAAAGAAUAGAUUUGUUCCAUAUUAACUCAGUUAAUGAUUAUUUAUGCAGUUAAAGGCACUAAUAGACUGUGUAUAGACCAGAUAUGGGUGUGUCAUCUCCUGUGGGCCAUAUCCACACUUGUAAAUGUCAUUGACAGGCCUGCAUGUAAGUUUGAAAUUAAAAAUGCAUAAAGUGUUAAUUCUGUGCACAAAGCAGCACCUAAGCGCCCCUCUACAGCCCUUCAGCAGUGUGCUGCUGCCGUUGUAACCAGGCUCUGAAGAGGUAUAAAGAAAAUGAUUUUGGUUACUCUAAGAAAUGUCACCUCAGGCAACAAAUGUCUUUUGACAUGGACUUUAGUAUUUAUUUACAGACGCAAAAGCGAAGUACUCGGUUUGGGAAAAACAG